AUGUCUGCCAUCGCUGCUGUUACCGCCCGCCGUGCGGCUGCUCUCCCUCGCGCUGCGAUCGCCUUCCACGCUGCUCGUCCCUUCUCGACAACUGUCAUCCAGCAUAAGAGUGCUACCGAAUCGGUCAAAGAUGGACUCAAGUCGGUCGAUCGCGCCGUGAGCGACAAAAUUGUCGUUGGCCUCGACGCCGCCGCUGCUGCCAAGGAGAAAGCCGAAAAGGUCACCGGGAAAGCUGAAGGAGCGGCCGAAGAGCUCAAGGGCGAUGCGCAGCAAGUCAAGAGCCAGGCCAAGGGCGAGGCCAAUGAGACCAAGGGUGACCUUGCUGGCAAGGCCCAGGAGCUCAAGGGUGAAGCUAAGGGCAAAGCGGCCGAGCUGAAGGGCAAGGCCAAGGAGACUGUCCAGGACAUGAAGAGCAACCCUUGA